ACAUGGGAAAGAAGCAGAACCCUAGAUCAGAGGAAGAAUAAGAAGAUGGUGAAAUUCUUGAAGACGAACAAGGCGGUGAUCGUGCUGCAGGGACGCUACGCCGGGCGCAAAGCGGUGAUCGUGAGGACCUUCGACGAUGGGACGCGUGAACGCCCCUACGGGCAUUGCCUCGUGGCGGGUAUCAAGAAGUACCCUAGCAAGGUCAUCAAGAAAGACUCUGCCAAGAAAACCGCUAAGAAGUCUAGGGUUAAGGCUUUCAUGAAACUCGUUAACUAUCAGCACCUCAUGCCCACGCGCUACACCCUCGACGUGGAUCUCAAGGACGCAGUUACCCCCGAUGCUCUUGCUUCCAAGGACAAGAAGGUCACUGCUCUCAAGGAAACCAAGAAGCGUCUCGAAGAGAGGUUUAAGACCGGCAAGAAUAGGUGGUUCUUCACCAAGCUCAGAUUCUGAUCUGGAUCCUGAAAUUUUGUUUCAGGGUUUCUUCAUGCUGUCUUCUCUGAUUACCAUUACCAUUUGCUUUUAGACUCAUCGUUUUAUUUUAUGUUUUGCAAUAUAUAUCAGGAAAAUGAAUGCGAUUGUUUCCAGUUAGAUGCGAUUUUUACUAGGGAGGAAUUUCCUAAUGUUUGAUCGUAACAAAAGAAUAAGAACAUGUUCGUUCAUAUAGGAAAAUUUUAAUGGUUCUACUCUAAUCGACAAAUGUUAAUUCGGUUUAGGGUUAGAUAAAAUUAAUUUUGGAAAAAUUGAAAGAGAAAUUGUAUUAAAACUUGUGAUUUGGUUAUGCAAAAAUUGAUUUUGUAACAAUCACACCAAUGGGGCUAAAUUCGAGUCGUAUGUUUGAACGUGGAGCUGAAUUCUAGCUCUUAAUGACAUUUGACGACAACGCUUCUAACAUGGUGUAGAUUUUGUCUUUCUGUGGAUGUUGUUGAUCUCCAGCGUAAAACUUGUGAACCUCACCUCUUACGGAAAUCCAACUAUAUCCUGGUUCCUUCUUAAUUCCUCGUUCUUUCAUCAUGUCUCUCAAAGUAACCCCAUCUUCAUAUUGUCCUGAUUCUAUGUAAGUGUUGGACAGAAGAACGUAGGUAGAAGGUUGUUCUGGUCUUGAUGAUAUAAUAUUUUGAGCGGCAGUCUCACCCAACUUGGCAUUUCCGUGAAUCCUACAUGCUCCUAACAAGGUUUGCCAAAUCAUUUCAUUUGGCUCUAUUGGCAUCCUGUUUAUGAAUUCCACUGCUUCAUCCAACUGGCCAACACGACCCAAGAUAUCAACAACACAGGCAUAAUGUUCCAUUUUGGGUACCACGUUGUAGGUCUCUUCCAUUUCAUGGAAAAUUUUCAGGCCUUCCUCCACCAUUCCUCCGUGGCUGCAGGCAAAAAGGAUGCAUAGUAAUGUAAUGUCGUUGACCUUUGCAUCUGAGUGUUGCAUCUUUUUGAAGAGUUGAAGGGCAUCUUCAACAAGACCGUGUUGAGCAUAGGUGGAUAUUAUGGCAGUCCAUGAAACAGUGUCUGGGUUAGAUAUCCUUUCAAAAAUCCUUUUUGCCCCUGUUAGAUUGCCACAUUUGGCGUACAUGUCAAUUAGAGCACUUUCUAUGCAUGUUUCAGUAUCCAAGCUGGCCUUGCAUAUCAGACCGUGAUUUUGCUGGCCAUAUUCUAGUAGACAAAGACCACCACAUGCGGUGAUCACACUACAAAGGGUAAAAUGGUUGGGUACAAAGCCUUCAUUGCGCAUCUGUGAGAAUAUGGCCAAGGCUUUUCCCCACUGGAAAUAUUGACAAUAUGCCGUCACCAUGGUUGUCCAAGAUACUAUAUCUUUCUCUUCUAUCCUAUUAAAUACUUUCUCUCCAGCUUCCAGCGACUCGCAUUUGGCAUAUGCAUCGGCAAGUGCAUUGGAUGCACUAGUCUGCAUUGCAUCAAAUCCACAUUUCAAAGCCAUCCCAUGAGUCUCCCUCAAUGAUUUCAGACAUUUCAAAGCGGCAAUUGAGUUGAACACACAACAGAACGUGUACACAUCUGGCUUGAUAUCAUUUUGGCACAUUCUUGUGAACAAUUCCAGAGCCUGUAGGUGAGAACCAGCUUGUGAAUAACCUGUUAUCAUUGCAUUCCAAGGCGGGUUAAUCAGACAACUUGCAAACUUUGAUUCGAAAAGAACACGUGCAUUAGACAUGGACCCACACUUGGAGUACAUAUCAAUAAGAGCCGUUCCAACUAAGGUAUUGCAAUCCAAUUCCCAUUUAGAAGCAUACCUAUGAACUUCAUGACACUUUUUAAUGUCACCUAACUGCCCACUUGCCUUGGAAACACUUAUUAAGGUGAAGUUAUUAGGUGUGACCCCUCCUUCAAUCAUGUUGAUAAAACAAUCGAAUGCUUGCUGGUGUAAACCGUUAGAUGUAAACCCUGAAAUCAUUGCAUUCCAAGAGACAAUAUUAAGCUCAGUCAUGGUGUUGAACACCGUAAUCGAACUUUCACUAUAUCCCAACUUUGCAUACAUGUUAAGAAGAGAUGUACCAACCACUGUAUGCAUCAGAAAACCUCUUACAACAACCUGGGCAUGCACCGUUUCACCCAACUCAAUCGAAUCCAACCCCACACAGGACUGCAAAACAGCGGAGAAGGCAAAUCCAUCCGGGGACAUGCCAUGGUCCAACAUGGUGCAAAACAGCUCCACCCCAUCAUGGUAGUAACCAUGUUCAUUGGACCCAACAAUCAUGACAGUCCAAGAAAACACGUUUCUGUGGGACAUUCCAUCAAACACCCUACGAGCAGCAUCGUAGUCAUUACAUUUAGAGUACACGUGAGCUGCAUGAUUCAAAAACACCAACAAGUCGCGGUCGCCAAAACCCGAUUUUAGAACGUGCCCAUGAAUGCAAUUUGCCUGUUUAAUAGAUCCACUUUCCUCGCAGAACUUUAAGAGAUCAAUGAGGGGUUGGAUACGGGGCUUGGUUAAUCUGUUUCCACGGUGAUCCUUCGAAAGCGUUGGAGUCUGCGGCAUAUAAACAAUAGGCAUGGGUUGGUGUGAAUGAUGACGCUGAAGCGUGCUUACUUUGUCAGUGGAAGCACAAGAGAGAUGAUAAGGUUUGUGCAUGCAGUGUGCAACGGAGAUGCUCAUGCUGCUAGUGGUUUUGGACCCCGGAUUUCUCUGUUUCUUAUCUUAACUGCGCCUGUGCAGCUGAAAAUAUUUUCAAUUUUUACGGUAUAAUUU